AUGCAAGCAGCUGAUUAUCGUCUUGUACGUUCUCAUAUAACUACCGGUAUUAUGAUGGGAAUUAAACAAUCUGUAGUUCCAAAAACAAUCGAUCAUUACUUCUCAUAUUGGUUAUAUGGUGAACGAAAAUCUACAAAGCAAAUUCUUGUUAAUAUACCUCGUUCAAUACCGUGUCUCGUUUGUUCACAGGAAAAUUGUCAAUAUGAUGAUAUUUCUUUACUUAAUGUAGAUUUAAAUUCAUUUCUUCAAUGUUUACCUUUAUUCAAUAAUGAACAAUUAGCAAUACUUUAUUCAUUACUUGAUGAUGAUCGACAAGUUUAUGAAGAUACUAUUCGACAACAGUAUGCACAAUAUCAACAAAUAUUAAUCAAACAAUUGAAAGAAAAGCUUGCUGGACAAUAUUAUCUUGUAUAA